AUGAUAUCCCGAUGCCCUCUGCUUGAAAAAUUGAAAUUGAGAGAAGUUGAUGGUUUAACCCAAAUUAAUAUUCACGCACCAAAUCUCAAGAUUUUUGAAGUCUUUGGUGAAUUUGAGGGUAUUAGCUUUGACAACACUUUUCAGUUAGUUACGGUAAUCGUUUAUUCAAGAUUGAAUUUGAGCCCCGAAAACAAUCAAAGUACAUUGCAUGGACGCUCUAGCAAUUUGCUCGAUUUUUUCGAUCAUCAACCUCACCUGCAAAGCCUAGUGAUUGGUAGAUGUUUUUUAAAGUAUUUGGCUGCAGGUCUUUUGCCAAUAACGCUUCCUACACCUUGUAUUGGCCUAACUUAUCUUUCCUUAAGCAUAAACUUUGAUGACUUGAAGGAAAUUUCUGCUGCUCUUUGCUUGCUUAGAAGCUCACCUAAUCUUCAAAAAUUAGAAAUAUCUGCACGGAUUGAGCAUCAUACUGUCCCUUUGGCACCCGUCAGUGUCUAUUAUUGGGAUGAUACAUUUUCAAAGCCAGACACACCCAUCCAAGUGCGACAUGUGACAAUAGAUAGCAUCUCUGGUUUCCAACCUGAACUGGAUAUGAUCAGAUUUCUACUUCUCUAUUCGCCUGUGCUAGAAAAGAUGAUUGUGAAACCUAUUGUAAAUGUCAGACCAGAGUUGGUUCCACAACUAAUUCGGUUCAAAAGAGCGUCAAGAGAAGCUGAAGUUAUUUACGAGGUGGUAGACUCUUCAUAA